CAGCGAGAGCAGCAGCAGCGUCCCCCAGGUCCUUCGUGCAGCCACUGCUGGGUCCGACUUGGUCUGGUGACAACGGCGACAGGGGGGGUUGUUUUGAUUAAAGUUGACGGCUUUCUCUUCAUCGUGUUUUUAUUCUCGCAUUGUUGCGCUGAAAUCCAGGAUGUUUGCUGCGCGUUCUCAGUGUUGAGCCGUCGUUUUUUGCGUCACACAACCGGAGGAUAAACAAACUUGGGAAUAACCAUCUUCAAGCUGAGAGAGGAGCAACUUUUCCAACUGCCGUACUAGUCAACGGGCUGACCUAUGCUAAGCUAACCCGCUAGCCAAUGCAGUUGAAAUUCCUGUUAAAAGUCCACAAUCUAGCAAGCGAACUUUUGUUUCCUGGGUUCGGAGACUCGAUGAGAUUUACUGGCGACUCUCAAAGACACACCUGUCCCUCGGACCCACGCUGUAUUUGGUCGGAGCGGGCGGUGCAGGUGCACCUCUUGCGGCACCUGCGAAAACUUGGUAACUUAGCUCCAUCGGUAGAGAGCUAACUUUAGCUUGUGCACGUUAGCAUUACGCAGAAGCAGGUGCUAAAGUUGUGGACUGGCGUUAAUGUUUCUCUCGUUGCGGAGAUAAUGUGAGAUUUAUAACGUUUUUUGUGCAUCUACAACUUUAUAACCGUCAGCCCAUAUAGUGUUGACAUUAGUUUAAAAAGUAUUUCGGCUAGGCUAGUUGUUGAUCUUCAUACACUUCUACCGGAGUGGCGACGUGGUAGUAACGUUGUGGACGCUCUCUCUCCCGCAGGACUUUGGACACGGUUGACCCUGCUGCGGGCUGUGCGGGGAGUACUCCUCUGUUCUCAUUAGCUAGUCCCGUAGAUGUGACAGCAUGAGCAUUUCAAAAAGUUGCCUUUUACGGUUUUAAAGUUUUAAUUUUGUUCUGGAAGCUCUGCACCCUAUGGUGCCGCUACGGCCACCGAGAAAUGGAUGUCUCGCAGGCCGCUUUCCCAAACGGUGAAGGGCGGCCGGGCGGCGGUGGGACCGGAGAGCAUGUCUGGACAGAUCCCCCCACAGUUCGGGCGUGGGCUCACUCUGCCCCGCUGUGCCCGACUCGGUCCCUGUGGACAGCCGCGUAUGACUAUGAGGCAAGCGGUGAGGACGAGCUCAGCCUCAGACGAGGGGACGUGGUGGAGGUCUUGUCCAAGGACGCAGCGAUCUCCGGGGACGAGGGAUGGUGGACGGGUAAAAUCAACCAUCGAGUCGGGAUUUUCCCCUCCAACUAUGUCACCUACCAGCCCGCUAUUUACCGUCUCCCCGCUACUAGCGGGUCGGUGGGGGUGCCAGAGGGAGUCCCGAACUCGCCCGUCCCGAUUCCCUUCAGUGAACUGGUUCUAGAGGAGAUCAUAGGCGUGGGUGGAUUUGGCAAAGUUUACCGGGGCACAUGGAAAGAUCAGGAGGUCGCUGUGAAGGCGGCUCGGCAAGACCCAGACGAGGACAUAACAGCUACCGCUGACGGUGUUAAACAAGAAGCGAAACUUUUCUCCAUGCUGCAGCACCCUAACAUUAUUAAACUGGAAGGUGUGUGUUUGGAGGAGCCCAACCUGUGCUUAGUCAUGGAGUACGCCCGAGGCGGGACACUGAACCGGGUGCUGACCGGAAGGCGCAUCCCUCCACACAUCCUGGUCAACUGGGCCGUGCAGAUUGCACGCGGGAUGCUCUACCUACACGAGGAGGCCGUGGUACCGAUUAUCCAUCGUGACCUGAAGUCUAGCAACAUUUUAUUACUUGAAAAGAUUGAGAAUGACGACAUCGGGAGGAAGACCUUGAAGAUCACAGAUUUCGGCCUGGCCAGGGAGUGGCACAAAACAACAAAAAUGUCAGCUGCAGGCACCUACUCCUGGAUGGCCCCUGAGGUCAUCAAGUCAUCUCUCUUCUCCAAAGGCAGUGACGUGUGGGGCUAUGGUGUCUUGCUGUGGGAGCUGUUAACAGGGGAGGUGCCCUACCGUGGGAUAGACGGCCUGGCUGUUGCUUAUGGUGUGGCAGUCAAUAAGUUAACUCUACCAAUCCCCUCCACUUGCCCCGAACCCUUCGCCAAGCUCAUGGAAGAGUGCUGGGACCAGGACCCCCAUGUGCGUCCCUCUUUCUCCUGCAUCCUGGAGCAGCUGUCAGCCAUCGAGGAGGCGGUGAUGGCCACCAUGCCCCAGGACUCCUUCCAUAGCAUGCAGGACGACUGGCGCGUGGAGAUCCAGGAGAUGUUUGAUGAGCUCAGGACCAAAGAGAAGGAGCUACGUUCCAGAGAAGAAGAGCUGACGCGGGCCGCCCUUCAGCAGAAGUCUCAGGAGGAGCUGCUGAAGCGUCGGGAGCAGCAGCUGGCAGAACGGGAGAUCAACGUGCUGGAGAGAGAGCUCAACAUCCUCAUUUUCCAGCUCAACAAAGACAAACCCAAUGUGAAGAAGAGGAAAGGCAAAUUCAAACGUUCACGCCUUAAACUGAAGGACGGAAACCGCAUCAGCCUGCCCUCAGACUUCCAGCACAAGAUCACUGUGCAGGCGUCUCCUUCCAUGGACAAGAGGCGAAGCCUUCAUAGCACCACCUCCUCUCCUCCCAGCAGUCCUACACUCAUCCCCCGGCUACGAGCCAUUCAGCUGACGUCCCAUAGGCAGAGGGACAGUUUACACGUUUACCAUCAGGAUGUUGAUCUGACCAGCGAGCUCACAGCCUACUGUGGGCUCAGGAGGAAAGUUACUCAAGAUGAGAGCAACCGCACGUGGGGCCGCAGCACCCUCUUCAGGCCAGAGGAGUUUGAUGACGUGAAAAAGGGAAUCAAGAAGAAAGGAAGAACCUGGGGCCCCAGUUCAGUACAGAGCAAAGAAAGGCCUGCUGCUGCUGAGAGAGUGCGUCCUCUGUCAGACGGCAAUAACCCCUGGUCCACCAGCCUGGUCAAGUCCCAGAAGUCUGUCCCCCUCGCUGCCCUGUUUGCCGAACAAGCUGGGGCUGGUAAAGACGAGGCAUUCUCCCAGGAAUGUCCUGACAGCAGCGCCAAGCCAAAGCAGAUCAAGUUCCCCAACCAGGUGUAUAUCGAUCUACCUCUGUGGAGGGACGAGCAGCAGCAGCCUCAGAGCCCCGGGGGGCAGGGAGAUGCUGGGGUCGGGGCAGCAGGUCAGGGUGGCCCACCAGAGACCCCGGACGACCCCUACACCACCACAUCCACCUCGUCCACCUCGACCACGCCACAGCUCACCCCCACCAACAGCCUGAAGCGGACGACUGCUCGCCGAAAGACUGACUCUGUGCUGUACAGCUGCGGCUCGUUGCUGGCUUCAGUCGUGCUCGGUUAUGACAUUAGGGAGGCUCUCAAAAACUCCGCCCCUGGGGAAGAUUGCGAGCCCCAGCGUGAGGAGAAAGAGAAGAAGAAGAAGGAGGGCCUGUUUCAGCGUGCGACCCGGUUCCGCCGCAGCACAUCGCCACCAAGCGGUCGCUCCCGCAAAGAUGAGGCAUCGUCAAACCACACCUCCCCCCAAGCUGUCAAUCUCAUCUCCAUGUCAGCCAUUAUAGAAUGCAACUCCACAAAGUGUCUCUUGCAAUCUGAGGCGGAGGUGUCGGAGUCUAGCCCUGGGAAGGCUGAGCUCGUGGCUGUCAAUCAUCACACGGAGCCACCCAGACCCGGCCCAGCAGCAUCUAAAGAAGGCCAGAGUAACAGGACUGCAGCAAACACACAGACACCAGUGCAAACCCAAAGCCAGCCGCAAGAGCAGAGCAAUCACAACACAGGAACACGACUACGCAGAAAGAAAUACACCACCAACCACAACACCAACGGCCCUCCCGCUCUGCCUCCUCCAGCCUCACAGAAGAAGCCGGAGAAGGACAAGAAUGGAGCGUCAGAGAAGUCCUCUGCUGGGGAGGCCUUCUCCAGACCACGGCCGGUGUCGUUCCGGGCCAAACCCCACGCCUGGGCCCUGCUGCGAGGACGCAACAAGAGUUACUCCCUGGGCCACUACUCCGGAGAGAAGGCGGCACAGAACCUAAACGUGGUGCUGUCGUCAGAGGUGGGGAUGGGCUGCUCCCUGCUGGACAUGGACACAGAGGGCCAGAAACGAGACUGCACUGUCCCGCUCUGCCGCAUUCAGAGUUCCCCGGGACGGUCCUCUGUCUUUGAGCUGGAAAAAGAGUUCCUCUCUUAGGAGCCUUGAAAAAGUGAUCUGCUGUGGUCAUAGUUUAUCCUAUACAAUCUAGAGUGUUCUUGGCGUAAAACUCCUGGAGGGUUUAAAACCAGGCCUUUUCUCUCUCUCCAUGUUUAAAAAAAAAACAAAGUUCUAUAACAUAGAACCCAGCUUUGUCUUAGUUCUAGAACAUAGCGCUGUCAGUGUUCUAGCGCGUAACUAAGUCUGAGACUUCUAGAGAACAUCGGUGUCAAAGGAGUUCUAGAAUGUGCACCACUCAACUCAGUUUGAGAACGGCCUUACACACUGCCUUGUCUCAUUCUAGAACACACACACACACACACAUAGUUCUGAAACCUGAGCAGAACAUUCCAGAGCUGGAAACAGCGGCUCUUCCUCUGAUCCCUUGGUGCUCGACUGCCACCCUGUGUUAGCUCUACCCCCCCCCCGUUACGCUCUUCCUUCCUCGUUCUGUCGGUGCAGCUAAACGUUGACCGCUGCUGCAGCUUUCGCAACACAAUACCCUCACCUUUUUAUUUAUAUAUAUUUUUAUAGGUAAUUUAAUAUGAAGAGACUUGACCUUACCUUAGCAACCAGCAGGACAUACAUUCCAUGUCACCUUCAAAGUUGUGCGAUCACGCUUUUAGAUGUUUGUGACUUGAGAAUCAUGCAUGCACCCUUAAAAUGUCGAACAAAAAAAAAUCAUUAUGCCUUGUUUGUAAAUAUUUCUUUUUAUCCCUUAUCAGCCUAAUGCUGGCACUUGUUUUGUACUGCAUAUAUGCUGUUUUAUGACUAUUUUGAAAGUCAGCGAUGCUGCAGUACAGUUUGUGUUCUAGGCACAGGUUACAUGCUGCAACUUAGCAGCGGUGCAUGUGUGUUUCCUCCCAGAACACCCUGAAGAUUUUAGAGAUGCAGGUAGAAAAACACUGGAAGUCCUACAAAGCCAACGUGGAACUCUUUCAUUUAAAAGUUGGAGUGUAUUUAAAAUGGCCGCAGUGGUUGCUAAUAUGGAGUAUUUAUAGAAAAGGUUUUUUUUGGUUAAUAUUUCCUAUACUCAGCACAGUGCAGCAGAGUUGGGAACACUUCAGCCACAAAUGUUCAGUUCGGAACACAAUUAAUGAAAUUAGACUGAUGACAGCUGUAUCAGUAUAAAUUCAGAUGGAUGGAAGGAUUACUACACAGCCUGGGAGUGGCCACACAUGAGGAUUUAUAUUUUAAGAAACUGUUCAGAACAAUUUGUGAUGCUUGUACUGUAAACCAGACAGACCCUGCACCUUCAAGUAUUGAAGUUCCUCAUUAUGUCUAAUUCAUGUCCUCAUAUUUUUACAAAAUUUUGUAAUUUAUGCAAACAAAUUGUUUUUUUUUCUUCAUUUUUAUCAUCAUCAUUUUAUCACCAUCAAGCUCAGGAAGGUCUGGAGACAUUUAAGGAUAUAAUUUUGGUAAAGAGAGUCAAGACACAGUUUGCCUUUCAUUAUUAUACUGUAAACUCACAGCCAGCUGAAUGGCUUCCUCAGGAUUAGCAAAGGGUUCAAUAUCCUGAUUUGUUUGACACGUUUUUCUCCAGACCUCUGUGAACUUGACAGUAUGGAGGUCUGACUCUGCGGGAUAUAUAGUGAACCCAGUUUCACGGUCACUCCCGGGCCCUCUCCCUGAAAAUGGAACAAAUUAACGUAACAUCCAUUCUUAAUCAUUGACUGAUGAUUAUAUUCCCCCAACUUUUUAUUGCUGUCUUACCGAGAAGUUCGUUAGAAAACGUGUGACACUGUUUAAGGACGAAACAAGGGCUCAUUUACAGUGAGAUGAAUUCCCAAAUGGUGUAAAUAUAAUUGUGAUUCCUGAUGUGUAUGUCACUGUGUCAUCUUACGAUGAUUUAGAAUGUGAAGCAUCCCUUGUUCUGUAUUUUAUGACCACUGACUGUCAAACCAACACUGUAAAGGCCUUACUAAUCAUCGAGCUGUUAAAGGUGCAAGCCCGUUUGUUAUGAAUUAAGGGUUAUCUGUAAAUACCAUAAUGCACUGGUACUGUACAUUCCCCUGAAAAUAUUGAAUUUCAGUUUGAAGCUGAAGUCUGCAGUUUGUCAUCCAGUCACAACACUUUGUGUUGUCUGGUGGUUAACAGAAAGGUUAAUGAUGACUCGAUAUGCCCAAAUAAACUACACUUGGCAAACUGCAGCAAGAAUAUUGGUGAUACUAGUCAAUAUGGUGCAUUCAGGCUUCUGGCUAAUAGUGGUUGUGGGACCAAAUUCAACUCAACAGGCACUAAGGCCUCUGUCUUCAGGACCAAACUACUAAAUGAACUAGCUGCUAGUGAGAAGUUCUUGCAAAAGAAAACUACUCCGUACGAAAACUUCACAAACGACCUCAGAGGCGCAGUGCAGCGCCAUUUGCUGAAAGGCCCAUGACCUGAUCAAAUAACAAGACUUCCUGUUAAUUGCAACACUUCCUUUAAAUCUGGAUGUGUCAGAUUUAGCUUUGAGUACAUCUGUUUCAGUUUUUUGUUAUCAUUACAGUAUUGGUUAUUUCACGCCUGAUUGAUCAAGAGUAUCAAGUUUAUCAAUAUUUUGAAUAAAGUCUGAAUCAAGACUAA